CUUGUCUUUAUUCCUCCUGACUGUACUGUGGAAUAAGGGCUUUCUUUCCUACAUGGCACACAGGGAAGAUCUGGGCUGGAUAUGAACGUGCGCAGCAGGGGUUAACCCCAGCAAUGCUCCAUGCGCAGGCUCCACCUUCAUUCCUUCAGGCUCCUAGUAGCACUCUACUUUAUAAGCUGUUUUGCGAAGCGGCUCCGCCAGAGGAGUCUCGGAGGCAUGGAGUUCUGGGUGGCCGUGCUUUGCACCCUCCUGGCGUUGAUCCUUGGAGGGCUUUACCUGCUGGGAGCCUUUCGGAGACGACGCCCCCAUGAGCCCCCCUUGGAUAAAGGGAUGAUUCCCUGGCUGGGAUACGGGUGGACGUUCCGGAAAGACACGGCCGACUUCUUGCUCAAGAUGCAGAAGAAGCACGGGGACAUCUUCACCACGUUGAUCGCUGGGCACUACUUCACGUUCAUAACCGACCCGCUGUCUUUCGGGCCCAUCGUCAAGGCCCCCCGGAACAAGCUGGAUUUUAUUUCCUUUGCCUCCGAGCUGGUGAGGCAAGUGUUCCAGUUCCAGCCUUCGGAAAUGACCCACAGCGUCAUAGAAACGGCCAGCGUCAAGCAUCUGAAAGGGAACGGGCUGGAGGUCAUGACCCAGGCCAUGAUGGACGGUCUGCAGAGGGUGAUGUUCCACAGUCGGGAGGAAAAGGGCUGGAAAGAAGACGGCUUGUUCCACUACUGCUACAACAUGGUCUUCAGAGCAGGGUACUUUGCUUUGUACGGCUACGAACCCGGACGAAGCGAAAAGGAGAAAGAAAACGCCAGGGAGCGUGACCUCAGGCAUACCGAAGAGGUCUUCUCCAAGUUUCGCAAAUAUGAUAAGCUCUUCCCGCGGUUAUCCUAUUCCCUGCUGUCCUACGGAGAAAAGCAAGAGGUGGAGAACCUCUUGCAGUUCUUCUGGAGAAUCCUGUCUGUGGCAGAGGUGUACAGGAAAGACAACAUCAGCGGGUGGAUCAACGACCAGCAGCGGCAACUGGCCGAAGCCGGGAUGCCAGAACCCAUGCGGGACCGGUUUAUGUUUUUGCUCCUCUGGGCUGCUCAAGGGAAUACCGGUCCGGCCUCUUUCUGGCUCCUGGCGCACCUCAUGGCCAAUCCCGAAGCCAUGGCAGAGGUGAGGAAAGAAGUGGAGGACGUGGUGAGGGAGUCUGGCCAGGAGGUGAAGCCGGGAGGAGAGGGGAUCAACGUCACGAGAGAAAUGCUCACCAAGACCCCCGUCUUGGAUAGCGCGGUGAAGGAGGUCCUGAGGAUGGCGAGCGCCCCCAUGCUGAUCCGGAUGGUGUUGGAGGACAUGGACAUCAAGAUGAACAACGGGAAGGUCUACCGGCUGCGCAAGGGGGACAAAGUGGGGCUUUUCCCCUUUUCGUCAGCCCACAUGGACCCCGAAAUCCACCCUGAGCCCCACGUGUUCAAAUACGAUCGUUUCCUCGGCCUCAAUGGCACGAAAAAAGAAUUCUUUAAGAACGGGGAGAAGGUGAAAUACUCCACUAUGCCUUGGGGGGCGGGGACGUCCAUAUGCCCCGGACGGUUCUUUGCGGUCAAUGAGAUUAAACUGUUUGCCUUCCUGGUGCUCACCCAUUUUGACCUGGAGCUGGUGAACCCGGAAGAGAAAGUGCCUCCGAUCAUCAAAAGCCGGUACGGGUUUGGGGUGAUGCAGCCCUCCCAUGACAUCCAGUUUAGGUAUCGGCCCCGUUAUUGAGGGGGGCGGGGGAAGGAACCUGCCAGUCCUGGAGUUUUUGGUGGGGGAACGGGCUUCUAAAACUACCAUGCGCAUGGCUCUAUGCAUAAGGAGGUCAGCUAAGGAGCAUUAUAACUGGCACCCUAAGAUCCGAUGAUCUGUUGCCAAUGCGUUAAUGGUUGUUUUGUCCAAUGUCUGAGUUGACCAUGGCUAUGGCAUGAGGAUUCUGCCAUGACUUUUCUUUCUUUGACUUGUAUCUUCCUUCAGUCACCUGUUAAACAUUGGAGGCAUGGAUCUUACCUUUGCCCCCAACAAAACCAGGGGGCCAGGUUUUCCGAUAGCGGUGAGCAAAGGAGAGAGAGGGAGGGUGGGAGGGAGAGAAUAGUUAACAUUUUCCUACCCUGGCUUUACAACACAUUUCCUCCUUUUGACCUCUAGGGAUGGAACACCCUAGCGAAUUUGGGGUAGGAAGCCGGGUGCUCCGACCUCAUUAAAGUGGCCAAACCCCACUUUUCUCAGUCCAAAGUCCUAGGGACUCCGUGGAAGAGCACAGGCGUAUUUAUCUUGCAGGAUCCAGCGAUUGAGAGGUACUUGAAAUGCAUGCCAUACAUACCAGUUGCUGUAAAUCAUUUUAAUUACUGUCAUCUUGUUUCCAGUGGGAGAGGUAAACGGGUGCUUAGCUCAUCACCGAAACUGCUUAAUUAUGCCUGGCUGUGACUUACAGGCUAAUGCAAGACGGGAGGGCCUGGCGUGCUCUGGUCCGUGGGGUCACGAAGAGUCGGACACGACUAAGCAACUAAACAACAACAACAAUGACUUACAGGCUAAUGAGAAAUGCAGGUGUCUGCUCUAUUGUUUUCUGAAGCUCGUCAAAGAUGGCUAGCUAAUUAAAGAGGGCAUCCAUCAGGGCCAAUGUGAGCCUUCUAAAGGCCUUCACGGGAGAUCAACAAACAUUUUCGGUUGGCAUCAACAGACUCCCUUCUUCACGUGUGAUACCAAGAAAGGUAGGGAUACCAGCUUAGCAUAUCCCUGUCUGACACGAGAGCUCCAGUCAAAAUAAAUGGCAUUUCACUGACUUCUUUGUCUUAAGCUGGUUGAUCUCACUUUUAUUCCAGUCUCCAUUUACAGGCAGUCUUGCCUUCCAAGAGUGGUUUAUUUCGGCCAAAGAAGCGACUUCCGGCCAAACCACUUAACAAGGCAUGAUUUCCAAAUUCACUUUGGAACCCGGUCAGAAUUUGGAUAGGUGAGGUUGAGUUUUUGGACCUCGGCAGCACCUUAAUAUUUUGCUGAAGACGUGUGAGCUUUGCUUUUCAGGUGUCCGUGUCGUCGCCCGCUGGAGACAUUCGACGUGUAAGGAGGAGAGGCGGGCAGGAAACGAACCACGAACCCAAAACCUUGGCAAACCGGGCUGGUUUGUGGUUCAUUUCCCGACUCCGUUUGGGGGUCCCGUUUCAUGAAGCGAAACGAAAGGCCAAACCUUCCCCCCCACCUUUGUGUUUUAUUCGCUUCUGCAAAGGGCUUAUUCGCUCGCCCCCUUCCCUCUCCUUUCAUUCCCUCCUCCUAUCUUUUCCGGCCACCUCUACUGGUGCCAUCUUCAGAGGCAGUGGACCCGCCUUCGCUGCUAGGAGCUAGGUGCUGCCUCUGCACAUCUGCCCACCUAUCAGCUGGGCAGUGGGCACAUGCUCAGCCAGGUCUGGGAAGCCAGGACACUAUUUCUGAGCAUGUGCCCACUGCCCACCGGACAGAUGGGUGCAUGCACAGAGGUGCAUGCACAGAUGGGUGCAUGCAAUGGAGCUGGCUGCUGCCUCUGAAGACGGGACCAGCAGCCUGUGGCAGACGGAAGGAGUCGGUGGUGUCUCCCUGGCACGAACCAGGGGGAAACCCCACCCAACCCCUUCGAACUGUUUCCUUUUUCCAACCAUAAACCGCAAACCAUCAUAAACCACCGAUUUUCCAGUUCAUGCCCAUCUUUAGUAAGGACGGGGGUCAAAAGACGGCUCAAGGAAAUCCCCCCCUUUCCCCGUGCAAUCGUGCUAAUAAAAAUAAAUGGCUAAGACCAUC